UGCAUUAUUUUCCUCCAGUUUAUGUGUUUAAAUAUGUUUGUAUCAAAUCCACCAACUGUUUUCUCAGCAUGGAGAAGUUUAAGGAGCAGUUUGACAGCUCUCUCGGAGCAUUUUCUGGGGAAAAAUGUGAGUGUACAUGUGGAUUUUAUUUCUGCAGCCUUCAGAAUACUUUGGGUGUAAGAAUCAGGUGGCAAUACCUUCUGUGAAAUUAUAUAACUCAGAAACAUAAAAUUCUUGUCAUUUUCUAUAAACAAAUGUUUAAGGGAAUGCCAAAACCAAACUAGAAGGUCUCAAAAUAGGCAAUUAACCAAUGCAUCCAGGUUCCCAGCACAAUAAUUGUUCCAAGCCUCUCUUCUAUGAUUCAGGGAAGGAUUCUCUAGACGUUUUCUGAGCAGCCACACGAUACCUUGGAUUCACAGCGUGGAGGUUUGGGGAAAGCGCCUUGCCCUCAGAGCUGGGAAGGGAAGGCAUGCUCUCCCUCCCCUAGGGCUUUGCCCAUUGGCAAAGAACCCCAGUGGCUGCUCGGCAUCCUCGGAGAAGUGGGAGGCAAGAAAGAAGACACCCAGAAGCAGCUCUGACCUUCCUCUCCCACUCCAAAGCACCCUUGUGAUGGCCACUGAGCAAAAAUGUGGAGUGGGGAGAGUGGAGAGGCAAGGGUCACCUCCCCGUCCCCUCCCACAGCCUCGGAUGCCUGCAAGACUCCGAGUGUGGCGUUUCUUGACGGGCAGUUGAGGGGAGAGAAGCAAAGGGGAUGUGUAACCCGUCCAUUGCUUUUCCCUUUGAUGCCACUGUACUCUCAAACUCCUAAUGGAUGCUUGACUUCAUGAAUGCUGCUUUGAAACCCCCUGCAUGGAGACGCUGUUGGGGAUGCAGGAAUGCUUUGGAACGGGGGAGCAAGCAGGGAAAAGGUUCAGCAGCCCUUCCUGGACACUUCCCAUUCAUUUCAUCCCUUUCCAAAGGUGUUUUUCUAAAGUGAGCAGACUUCGAAAUUGAAUACUUAGAUUUGCAUAUAAUGUAUAAGUUAAUCUUUGGUAGUGGAUUUGGGAGCCAUUUUUCAGAAGGCAGCACCUGCUGGAAACCGAGGGUCCUUGGAGGAGCCAACGCCAAGCCCCUGGCUCGCCGCCUUAGAGCAGAGCAGACAUGCAAGCAGAUACACCCGCAGAGAUUCCUGGUGUUCAGAGGGUUUGUUGGCUUAAAUAUCUUAUGCAACAGAAGAAGGUGACUGAAUGUUCCUAUUGUUGUUUUUUUGUGGGGGGGGGGCAUAGCCUCAUGUUGAGUGGUCCAGACUGCAUUUCCCAUCCCCACAAGUGGAGGGGCUUCGUGCCAAGGAUUGAUGGCACCUGAGGCAGAAAGAUGCACAUGCAUCUUGCCCCUGCCUUGGCAGGAGAAGCACAGCAAUUAAAAAUUGCACAGAAAUCUCCUCCCCCUCCACAUCACCCAAAAUCAGCAGCUCAGGACAGACAUUUCUGCCUCAAGGAAGGAGCAGCCCAGUUGAAUGCUGUCACCAGUCCGUUGCAUUGGUCAGUAUGUGCUUUUCCCUAUUUAUACCUUAUUACUAGAGAGUAAAUGUGGACACCCUAGUAACUUGAGUUCUGUCGUCUUCCUGAACUGCAGGAUUAAGGUUAAAAAAGAUCAAGCUGUCCCGUUUUUCUUUUUAAGAGCAACAUUCUGAUUUUUUGGUCCUCUGGAAAAGUGUUCUUAAAUCGCUCAUAGCAACAGACAUCACAAUGGAAAAAAUCUCAUGUAGCAUCUAAGCUAACUUUAGCUUUUAUAACCUGGUGAUGUGGGCUGCUUGCAGUAAGUCACUUAGCAUUUUAGCAGUUCCCUUUUUGGCUGAAUCCACAAGAUUUCAAACCCACCUACAUCCGGACUGUUUUUUUUAAAGACCUUGUUCGAAAGGAACUAAGUGUCCCAACACUUGACUCUGUUGCAAUAAAAUGCAAGGCAGAUGUUUAGUAAGGUGUGUGACACAGAGUCACACCCAUUCCUAGGAACAACAGAGAGGUCUGUUUGCAUCAGCCAGGCUUGUAUUUCUGUGUGUUUGUUUUUCAUUUUGGGCAGAAUUCGGUGCAGGGGCCCUCCCAGAGUUGAGACGUGCCUUCUGGCUUUCAGAACCCUUCUUUGAACUGAUUCCUUUAGUAGGUCAUAGCUGGAAUGAGUUAUUUAUUGUUGAGACCAAGCCAAACCUUCCACCCAGAACUCUCUGAAGCUGGGAUUUUGUUUGCUUCCUAAUUGUUCUUGGUCGGUAUUUAACUUUCACUGGAUUACCACCCCUCAACUUUUUAUCCAUGAUUGAAAGCAGUAGUUGCUCUGUGACUUUGCUGGAGAGGGAGAACCGCAGGCUUCAGGAAGCCAGCAUGCGACUUGAGCAAGAGAACGACGACCUGGCACACGAACUUGUCACCAGCAAAAUUGCUCUGCGAAAUGACUUGGACCAGGCUGAAGACAAGGCGGAUGUUUUGAAUAAAGAGCUGCUUCUGACCAGACAGAAACUAGUGGAGACAGAAGAGGAGAAGCGGAAACAAGAGGAAGAAACAGCCCAGUUGAAGGAGGUCUUCCGGAAACAGCUGGAGAAGGCAGAAUCCGAAAUAAAGAAGACAACGGCGAUUAUUGCAGAAUAUAAACAAAUUUGUUCCCAGUUGAGUAGCAGGCUGGAGGGGCAGCAGGCCGCCAGUAAAGAGGAACUGGAGAUUCUAAAGGGUAAGGUGAUGGCUUGCAAACAUUGCCGUGAAAUCUUCAGCAAAGAAGAUACGCUGAAAGUGCCUCCCGUGCCUAGUGGAGGCUCAGAAGCAGAAGCAGAUGACGAGAAGGAUGCCCUUAAAAAGCAGCUGAGAGAGAUGGAGCUGGACCUGGCGCAGACCAAGCUGCAACUCGUGGAAGCCAAGUGCAAAAUACAGGAGCUAGAACACCAGAGAGGAGCACUAAUGAGUGAAAUCCAAGCUGCCAGAAACUCUUGGUUUAGCAAAACCCUGAACUCUAUCAAAACAGCUACAGGCACACAGCCACUGCAGCAGCCUCAGCUGUCGCCAUCACCCAAAGAGGGCAGCACAUAGUCCCAGCUGGAGGCCCAGCACAAGAGCACAACGGACUAAAACAGCUGAACCCCCUUGGAGAUUUCUCCAGCACCCCUACUCAAGGGAGGGGAGCGGGGUGGAAAGGCAGGUGAGCCAGCCUGGAAACCAAUUCUUUCUGUGUCUUUCAUUUGUGCUGAUGUGGCCCUUUCCAAAGGGAAGUUAUAUUUAAAGAAUCCUGUUUUAUGUGGAAUACUCUUUCCCAGAUGCCUUCCUGAAAGCAACAUCCCAAGAUGUUUCUAUUUUACACUUUUAUUUUGUAUGCCUAGAUGUUAAAAUAUAACUAAUAAUUCAGAACUACAUGUUCCAUAUGUUGCUAAAAUUAUUUACAGUUGUUUUAUCUUACAUAAGAGGGGGCUUUCCUCAGGAGAAGAAAGGGCAGGGUACAGUAAUGAAGAAAAAGCACAUUUGUCGGAAUAUCAGUUUUCUGGUAUCUCAGAACAUCUCAAAAGGUUUACAGUUGCCAUUACACCCUGCAAAGAUAUAUCUGUUUGAUGGCCUGAUUCUUAAGCCACAUCUGUAAUUAAGUGGGACAACCCCUAUUAAAACAAAAAUUGUAAAGCUACCAGAAAUACCUUGUAAAACCAUGUCUCUUGUAAUGCUGCCUUUAAGAAUUCCAUAGCCAAUUUCAUAUAUUGCAAGUACAAAAGGCCCCUGCACUUCCCUGUUCUGGUUCUCCUUUGCCAAUCAGCAGAUGUCGGGCACAAUCUAGCAAAAGUCCUCCAACCAGACACCUUUGAAAUGGUCAGAGCUUGUGGAAGUGAGCGUUCUGCUUGAUUGUGCUUGUUGUGCUCUUGCACAGUUCUCAUUUGUGUGAGCAGGGCCUCUGGAGGAGACAUUCCUGAUCAGAUGUGUUCAGCAUACUUAGAUGGAAGGUGAUCUCUCACCUUUGGUUGGUCAGGCAAUUUUUUUCAGAUGAUUCCUGUGUCUGUCUGGAAAUCAUACUUGUUUUUUAUCUUUCUAAAGUGCAAAAAACAUUUGUUACAUUUUUGAAUUGAACAUAAAAUGUUUAUAGAAAUGCUUAUUUCAUGGAGAAUUAAACUAUUGCUUAAAUUGAUGGAAAUAUUUUUUUUAAUAUACUUAAUGUGUAUAAUAAUGCCUCACAGGUCAGCAUCACUACUGGAUAAGAAGUUAGUCGUGUAUUGUUUUUCAUGUUAUGAAAAAUGUUCCAAGGACAUUGUCCUGUUCUGAUUUUAAUCCAAAUUAAUGCAAUAGCCUAUCCGUUCUGUACAAUAAAGUUUAAUGAUGCUCA